AGUUGGGCUGAUAAUCCGUUUACUGAGGGGUAUUUCUUUACGCCCGGAAUUCCGCGAUAUUGGCUAACUUUAGCGUGUUACGUUGUUAAAUUCAAAUUAAAGAUUACGGUUGCUAAUUAUGUCUUUAUGCAUGCUCAAUGAUCUUAAUCGACGAUCUUUGAUUGGUGGUUAUGUUGAAUUGAUUUUUUUUGUUUGUUUGCGGAAAGCCUGGGUUAUACAAAUUUCAACAGUUGGGCAGAUAGCUGCAAAUUCAAGAAAUAAAACGGACUUCGUGAAUCAGCUUCCAAUAAAUGUACGGUUCCCGUGGAUGGGGUCUAGUGUCAGCAAGCUAUGGUGAUGACGAUUUGAGCCGGGUGGAGGAAGUGGAUGAAAAGGGAUCUGGUUUUGAGGACAGCGAGGAUAGUUCCCGGAACUCGGACAUGGACGAAUCUGACGAGGGGAGGGACGCAAAUGAUGUUAAGGAGAACUUGGAAGUGGAAAGGAGGGACCCUAAUGAGCUAGUUGCCCUGUUUUCAGAGAAGGUGAGGAACAUGUCACCUGAUGAGAUCAGGAUCCCUCCAGAGCCCACCGGACGCUGCUCUAGCCAUCUUCAGGAGAAGAUCUACAAACUGUAUGAAAGGAAACUUCAAGGGGAUUUUGACACAAACAGCGUCAUCCAGAAAAAGAAAGAAUUCAGAAAUCCAAGUAUUUAUGAGAAGCUCAUCCAGUUUUGCAGUAUAGAUGAACUAGGAACCAACUACCCAAAGGACAUGUUUGAUCCUCACGGCUGGUCAGAAGACUCCUACUAUGAAUCUUUAGCCAAAGCUCAGAAAGUGGAGAUGGACAAACUGGAGAAAGCAAAGAGAGAGCGAACCAAGAUUGAGUUUGUGACGGGUACUAAGAAGGGGACCAACCCCUCCAGCACAACAGCCUCCACCACCAGCACCAGCACCACCACAGCAACAGCAGAAGCCCAGAAGAGGAAAAGCAAGUGGGACUCGGCGGUCCCUGUGACUCUGGCCCAGCCCGUCCUCCUCACUACUACGGCGACCCUGCCAGGGGUUGUCUCUGUGACAACCACCGCCAGCGGCACCAAGACCACUGUCAUCUCUGCGGUGGGCACCAUCCUAAAGAAAGCAAAGCAGUGACACACAGGAUGCAGUAGUGGGGGGGGAAAUGGGUAAUGUCUUCGUGAGUGAAUGUGAAUGAAUUGUGUGUGUGUGUGUGUGUGUGUGUGUGUGUGUGUGUGUGUGUGUGUGUGUGUGUGUUCCCUCUAAAUGUAAAAACAUGAAAAGUGGCAUGAAUUUGUGGGAUGAACUGAACUAAUGGGCGCUUCCAAAUAUAUUUUAAUAACCCACUUUCAAACGCCCAGACUGCUCUCCAUAUAUACUGCCUUCUAUCUCUGGGAUUGUCAAACCUGCGCCCUAGCGUCAAACUGCCCGACCCACAGUUUUCGGUGGUGAAUUUACUUGUGGACCUUCGUGAAAACCUUUCACCAAUGACUCUGGUUUGCACACUCGGCAGUGUGUGAUGUAUGGAGGUGUCAUAUUUUUGUAACUUGGGAUUUUGGAGCGGCCAUCCAGCAGAGUGGGAGUCCACAUUUACCCGCCUUCAUUCAGUUAGCUCACCAGUAAGCCUCUGCUGAAGCUAUGCAUAGGUUUGAUCUGAUCAGGGUUUUGUUUUUUUACAUUUAAGUUGGAAAAAGGUGGCACCAAACCUCUGAGGGCAUAGGUUCCCACUUUGGGUUGAAUGAAAUCCUAAACUGUCACAUCAGAUGUAUGAGGAAUGGUUUAUAGGUUUAUAUUUCUAUCCAUUUUUUUAAGUGAGUACAGUAUUUUCAUGUCAGUUAAAAUUGGCUAUACAUGUGCAUCAGAAUUUGUCAGCUGAUUUAUUUUUAGUUUUGCUUUUUAAAGCUCAUUAAAAAAAAGGUUUUUUUUGUUUUGUUUUUUUUUCACACAUGUACAUAUUGUAUAACUGGUAAAGUAAAUAAAUGUGUUCUGAUGCUGCCUUUUCAACUGAGGUUUUUGUCCAUUUGUUUCUGGGAA